AAUCUAAAGUGAACUUCGGCACUAAAGUCCGACUCUGGACUCCACCUGGAAUGUGGGCCAAACUCAGAUCUCAAGGUGCAGUCAUAUGACUCCCAGAGGGCUGAAUGAGAGUCAGGGGGGCAGGGAGUGUUUUUCUGAAACCUUUCAAGAAAGUUUUGUGAUCUUGAGUGAUCGAACACUGUUGGAAGGAAUCAGUGCUGACUGCCUUCAGCUCCAGCUCGCACAAGGAGAUGGGACGCUACCGAACCGGACGCCUGUAAAAUAAUGACAGUAUGGUGUGUGGGGUUGUGGGGUUGCAGCGCGUCGGAGAAGCUCCUCUUCAGGUGGUGUCAUACUGCAGACACUGAUGGAUGAUUCGAAUAUGCGGAGUGUGCGGCAGGCAGUGGGAGAAGAGACGAGCUCAGGGGACAGUCACCAGUCAGAUGUCCCCUUCCACAGCAGAGUGGCGGCGCUCAGCUCUCCGGCUCUGUCCGCCGCACGCCUCACCUUACCUGGAGUCAUGGACGCCGAGGGCAGGGUCGACGAGUCCAGGCUGAGGAUGCAUAUUUUUAAAAACGGUGGUGUGUGUCCCUCUGAGCGUGGCCUGGUGUGGCGUUUCCUGUUUGGGAUGUACCCGUGUGGCUCAACAGCUUUAGAGCGCUCUCUGCUGCAGGAGCAGUUGGCUGUACGUUACCAGGUCAUGAAAAGGAAGUGGCAGCAGUUUCUUCCUUCUGCUGUGCAAAUGCACCUCAAUGGCACUGAUGCUGAGUUGGUGGCAGCAGUCAGGUAUUUUGACCAGAGGCAGGCACAGGCCCAGCAACGGACCCAGGACCAGUCAGAGCAGGUCAGGGACAGACUGGCUUUCUUGGAGCUUCAGGCACAGAUAUUGUUUGAGCGUGUCACAUUUGACCAGGGGGAGCUGCGGGAAGCCAUACGUAUCAUUGACAAGGACGUACCAAGAACUAACAGAGACUUGAGCUAUUACCAGGGUGAAGGUUCAGGCAAUUUAUUGGUGCUGAGAGACAUCCUCAUCACUUACGCUGCUUUUCAUCCAGAGGUCAGUUAUGCCCAAGGAAUGAAUGACCUGUGCAGCCGGUUCCUCGAGGUUCUCGACUCUGAGGUCGACACUUUCUGGAGUUUCUCAUUCUACAUGGAGAAAUUCUCCAAGGACUUUAGGGCUGAUGGGUUGCACAGAAAAAUAGAGUUGGAGGCAGCCCUGCUGAAGGAACUGGACCCUCAGCUUUAUGCUCACUUGGUCACAGAUAGCAUGGAGAGCUUCACCUUCUGCCACAGGUGGCUGCUGCUGGGUUUCCAGAGGGAGUUUGAACACAGCGACGCAUUGCGCUUGUUCGAGAUCCUGAGUUGUGACCACCUGGAGCUUAUCUCCCAACAAGUAGACAGAGCCCGUUAUCAGGAAAGGCUGGCACGGCAAUGCAGCACAGAGGACAGUUCAGAGUCAGAGCUGCAGGCCAUCAACACUGACUUCACAUUUGAGCUCUUCAUCUGUGCAGCCAUCCUGUUAGAGAACAGAGAGUCUCUUCUGCAAUGCCAAGAUGACGUACAACUCAUCCAGUUUGCGAGCAGGUUUGUCUGGGCUUCAGGGAACACUGGAUUUGAACAGCACAUUGAAGAAAGCAGAGCUCCAUUUGUACAACUAUUGCAAGCGCUGUGCUUGGGACUACAUGAACUGGCACUGCAGAGUCCACAAGAGCAAAGAAGGGGAUUUUCUUUACCAACUUCGCAGUUUACUUGUUUUAAAGUGAUAGCUACUUUUUAAAUACCUGCCGUCAAAGACUCUUAUUAAGGUGUAUACUGGACUUUUCACAGGACAUAUUCUUUAUCUUAGCUUGUGUUUCUGAAGGAAACACUGUUGUACUGAUGGCUGUUUACAUUAAGCUUAAUUAAGUUACUGCUGUUGAUUCUGAAUGUACUGUAUUUAUUGUAUGAAAGUUGACCAGCAGCAACUGUAUUUAAUUCACACUGGUUUGACAAAGUACCUCAGACAAGCUUAAAAGAUUUGUUAUGCAAUAUUCAACUGCCAGGUACGUGUUAAUGUGUACGUGUAUGUGGUGUGUUGCAGCAGAUAGUGUCUAACAAACUGCAGUGCUGUCUUGUGGAUCAGAGAGGCCUAUUUAACGGAAAUUGUUUUUUGGGGGGGGGUUUGCACAUGUGCUAGCAGAGGAACUGUGUAGUAAGGGGAAGGAAACCUGCACAACUGUGCAACAGAUAUCACCAUAACAACACGUAUAUAAUUUAAAUAACCUGAAAAGUGAUACCUCAAUAAAACAAAUGAAUAUUGUUUACCA